AUGUCUUCUUCGCCCAGCCUCUCCCAGCAGCGGCCGUUCUCGUCGUCUCUGCCUCGAGAAGAAGUCACUGCCAGACUUGCCGAGCCGAUCCGGUCCGGGUCGCCCAUGAGGAGUGGCUCGCCCCGUCCCGGCUUCGCAAGACCCGAAGGCGGCGCGUCCGGCGAUGCUUCGUCCUUCGCCCAAGGUCCUGGGGUGUCUGCUCUGGCUGCGGCCUUGUCCGACUCCUUGGGGCAAACGCCGCCACGACACGGCACUCCUUCAGGCCGCGUUGGCACACCGCCGCUCCGUCCAUUGUCUCCCUCGGGAAUCGGCCGCUCUGCCACACCGACAAAUUAUGGCUCCUUCGACUCGAGAGGUCGCCCUGGGGCCGAGAGCACGGGUCCCUACGAAGACCCGGAGAUCAUCAAGAGGCAUCUGGUGCAGCCCAGCGAGAUGGAGAAUCCCACAUCAGAGGCGUCAUCGGAAACUGGCAAGGGCAAGCAGACGGCCGAUUUCGGCUUUGGUACUACCGGCCUGCACGACGACGAGUUCUCGAGUCUGCGUCUGCAAGGUGGGGACGUGACACGGGGUAUCUACAAAUGGACCGAGCAGGCAGAAGCUAGGACAAAGAUGCAGCGCAGCAAGAGUUUCGACCACUCGAGGCCCGAGCCUGAAAGCGACACGCUCGACAUCAGCUCCAUCAAGGUGCCGGGUGGCUUCCGAAGGAAUCAUCUCCGAAGAAAUGUCAUCAGCCCUUCGGGGCAUCCUGAAGACGGCUAUGGGGGCGCUGAUUCUCCCGGUAGCAAUCGGCCGCUGUUCACGUCGAGUUUUCUCGAAUUCCUGUCCAUCUAUGGCCACUUUGCUGGUGAAGAACUGGAGGAAGACGACGAGGUCCUCGGCCCCAACGAAUACUUCCAAUCCGGCGCGGAUGAGGAGGAGGAAGAAGACGAGGAACCCAUGGAAGACAGCGCGCUGCUGGGCCCUUCGAAGAAGAAGCGGAAGAGAAAGACGCGUGGCGGCAGCGGCCAGAACAGCCAGAUGAACGCGGCUCUGCUGCUGCUCAAGUCCUUUGUCGGAACCGGCGUCUUGUUCUUGCCGCGUGCCUACCUCAACGGGGGCAUGCUCUUCAGCAACCUCGUCCUCCUCGGUGUAGCGCUGCUGAGCUACUACUGCUUCGUUCUCCUGGUCACGACGCGGCUCAAGGUCGAGGGCUCGUUUGGUGACAUGGGUGGUAUUCUGUACGGAAAGUGGAUGCGCGCCAUUAUUCUGGCUUCGAUUGUCCUCAGCCAGAUCGGAUUCGUCGCAGCUUACAUUGUCUUCACCUCUGAGAACCUGCAGGCCUUUAUCUUGGCCGUGACCAACUGCCGCACGUCAAUCAGCAUCCCGAUGCUGAUUCUGAUGCAGAUGGUCGUCUUCCUGCCCUUUUCGCUCCUGCGAGACAUUGGCAAGCUUGGAUUCACGGCCCUGAUUGCUGACGCCUUCAUCCUGAUUGGACUCGCAUACCUCUUCUACUACGACGUUCUGACGCUCGCUGCCGAAGGCCUCGCCGAUAUUAUCAUGUUCAACCAGCGGGACUGGACGCUCUUUAUCGGAACGGCCAUCUUCACUUUUGAGGGCAUUGGCCUCAUCAUCCCCAUUCAAGAGUCGAUGAAGAACCCGGAAAAGUUCCCCAAGGUCAUGUUCCUCGUCAUGAUCAUCAUCACCAUCCUCUUCACUGUCAUGGGCGCCAUCUCGUACGCUGCGUACGGCUCCGAGACGCAGACCGUCGUCCUGCUCAACCUGCCGCAGGACAACCGCAUGGUCAACGUCGUGCAGCUCCUGUACUCGGUGGCUAUUCUGCUGUCGACGCCGCUGCAGAUCUUCCCCGCGAUCCGUAUCGCAGAAACCGAGCUGUUUACGAGGAGCGGCAAGUACAACCCGUGGAUCAAGUGGCAGAAGAACAUCUUCCGCUUCUUCGUCGUGAUGAUGUGUGCCGCCAUUGCCUGGGGCGGUGCCGACAAUCUCGACAAGUUUGUCGCGCUCGUGGGUAACUUUGCCUGCAUUCCGUUGGUCUACAUCUAUCCUCCUCUGCUCCACUACAAGGCCGUCGCGCGAUCUAGGUUCUGGCGGUACUCGGACAUUGGACUGUGCAUCUUUGGCCUCAUCGCCAUGGGCUACACCACGAGCUUGACCGUUAUGAGCUGGGCCAAUUCGGAGCCCAAGGCGCCCGGAUACUGCGAUCGAAGGGGCACGUAG